AUGCUAGAACGUCAAUUACGUGAUCGGUUUGCAACGGGUCUCAACCAUCCCCGACUUGAAGUGGAAUUGAAACAAAGGUGGCCAGAGCUAAAAACAUUCGAUGAUAUUGAAGGCAUAGAAAACGAAGUGUCGUUCGCGGAAGUUUUCAAAAUAGCGCUGUCAAGAGAGUUGGCGGAAAAAGACAUUGUAGAAAGUGAAUGCGCGGAAGUGAAAAAGACAGUAAAACGUCGUUCGAAAAUCGGUAAGCGGAUCCGAAUUUUGUCGGAAGAACAAUGUUUAAGAUGUGGUGCGCGUGAAAGACAUUCAAAAGACAACUGCAAGGCGGCGAAUCACAAUUGUGAAGCGUGUGGCAAACGUGGACAUUACGGGUCGUGCUGUAUAAGAAAAGGCAGAGCUAAAUUGAUCGCGAGAGACAAAAAGAAACAACAGCGUAUUUACAACGUAAAAAAUAGUGAUACAUCUAUUUCGAGUUGUGAGCAAGUUUUUAAAGUAAUGAGUGCCAUUGCUAAGAAAAGAAACAUUGACGUUAAGAUAAACGGUGUCACGUGUACGAUGGACUGGGAUCCGGGCGCGUCAGUUUCCAUUAUAAGUACAGAUUUUUGGAAACAGAUCGGAUCACCAACGCUUAAAGGGAAGCCAAAACUACGAGCUUAUGGCAAUUUCGAUUUACCUUGCCAAGAGGAAAGCUACAGUGACAGUGACGCUGAACAAGCGAACGCGAUCUUUGAAAAGUGGAAUGAAGCCUUCAAUUUGCCACUGCCCGAACCAGUGUACAACGUAGAUCGUGUCAACAACCACGUGCAGCCGACAACGAAACCACUGCAUCAGAAGUUAAAUGACAUAUUGGAAGAGAACAAGCAGCUAUUCGAAGAAGGAUUGGGAAAAAUAAAUAACUACCAAGUUAAAAUUCACGUAAAGGAAACAGCAACACCAAUACAUAUUCCAGCCAGGCCAGUCCGAUUCGGAAUUCAAAAAAGCGUGGAAUUCGAACUUGAAAGGUUACAGCAGCUUGGAAUUAUCUCACCUGUUGACCCCAACGAAACACCGAUCGAAUGGGCAACACCCACUGUCAACGUGGUAAAACGAAAUGGAAAUAUACGUAUUUGUGGUGAUUUUCGUGUUACACUGAAUCCAGCACUAGUAACAAUACGACAUCCAGUACCAAUAUUCGAAAACAUCCGUCAGCAGCUUGCCAAGGGUGAGAAGUACAUGAAAUUAGAUCUACGCGAUGCCUAUCUACAAUUCGAGAUUAGUCCAGAGUCAAGAAAAUACCUAAUCAUAUCCACACACAAAGGUUAUUUUCAGUAUAACCGUAUGACUCCUGGUAUAUCGAGUGCACUCGGAACAUUUCAAAAUUAUAUGGAAAAUCUACUUGCUGGCAUACCCAACGUUGCAAUCUAUUUCGACGACAUAGGCAUUACAGGUCCAGAUGAAGAUAGCAAUCUAAGAUCAUUAAGAGAAGUUUUUAAACGUCUGCGUGAAGCUGGUUUUCGUAUCGAAAAGAACAAAUGUAGCUUUUUUCAAGACAGUAUCGACUAUUUGGGCCAUCAAUUCAACCGAAAAGGGAUCUAUCCAGUGGAAGACAAGCUGAUAGCAAUCAAAAAUGCUGCAAUACCCACUAACAAGAGGGAGUUACGAUCUUUUCUGGGAUUGGUCAAUUUUUACGAGAAAUUCAUACCCAACUUACAUGGAGCAUGUUCCGAACUACACACAUUAACUGGUACAAAGUCGCAAUGGCGAUGGUCAAUAAAGGAACUUAGGAAGCAGACGAAACAUAACCUAAUAUUACGACGAGUAAUUGAGUUAAUUGAGCGUCACUGGCCAGACACGAAGUGUAUCAACAACGAGCUGAAACCAUACUACGACAAACGGGAGGAACUAUCAUACGAAAACGGUAUUUUGAUGUGGCAAGGACGAAUUAUCGUGCCCGAUAAUCUUCAAGAAGUAACAUUGAGGCAUCUUCAUAGAGGGCAUCCAGGCAUUGGCUCUAUGCGUGCGUUAGCGAGGUACUAUGUAUGGUGGCCGAACAUCGACAAGGACGUGGAACAUACAGUGAAAUCAUGCAUGGCAUGUCAACGGCAACGCCCAAAACAAUCUGAACUGCCAAUCUACUUUUGGUCCCUGCCAGAGCAUUGUUGGCAACGACUGCAUGUGGACUUUGCAGGUCCCUUCCAAGGAAAAAUGUGGAUUGUGCUUGUUGAUGCUUUAUUAAAGUGGGUAGAAGCAGAUGUACUUUAUGCUGCCACCACAAGAACUUUGUGCGAAUUCCUAGAGGAGAAGUUUAUAACAUUUGGUUAUCCGGAAAUUAUCGUGUCGGAUAAUGGUAGUCAAUUUACGUCAGAAGAGUUUCGAAAUUAUUGUCGAAUAAAACAUGUAACGUCUUCACCGUACCAUCCGAAAACUAACGGACUAGCCGAACGAUUCGUACGAACAUUCAAGGAGCGCAUGAAAGCCAGUGAAUAUGAUGGUUUAUCACGUCAGCGCUUGCGCACAUUUCUACUUACAUAUCGAAACACACCACACUCCUUUACAGGGAAGGCACCAUCUGAAUUUUUGCUAGGUCGACGCCUGCGAACUUUAUUUGACAAUCUGAAGCCUAAUGUACGGCGAGAGAUGCAUUUUAAACAUGUAAAACAAAAUCUUCAAGCAGAGCAGUCUAACAGAGAGUUCCAACCAGCACAACCAGUAUUCGUAAAGACAGACAUCGAGAAAAUGUGGGAACCAGCCAACAUAGUCGAAAGAACAAAUCGAUAUUCCUACCGUGUUCGAACAAAGGACGGUGUAGAAAGAAGACGACAUGCAGAUCAUAUCCGAGAACGGAGGGUAAUACCACCAUCAAUCGACUUCCGGGAUGUUUCAGACUUUAAGCGAAACAGUUUCCAUUACCAAUCUGCAAGCCCGACAGCAAAUGAUGAACAGGAACAUCAGCAGUCUAUGCAGCCCGCUAUACCGUCGCAUGAAAACGGAAACAUGAGUGAACAAGGACAAUACACCGAAGCACAACAAAUUAAACAUCCAGUACGGCGAAGCCAACGGCUAAGAAAUCGACCCAAGAGACUAGUCGAAGAGAUGUAA